GUUACCUCCCUUUUAUCUAAUUUUACUAUUUGUAAUGAUUUAAUUGUUUCUGUGUUAUCGACUUGAAAUCGUUGUUUAUUUGUUAUGUAGUCCAAUUUAAAAGAGAUGGAAAAUGUUGGUAACAUUGAGUCUGAUUUAAUUGAAGAUGGCAUUGAAUCUGAACAAAACUGCUUAAUAGAGUCCAUCCCUCAGACGUUUGAACCUGUACUCUUUCUACACCAAGAUACCUCUUUAUCUCCUCAGGUACAACAGUCAAAAUUAAACAGCAGUAACAUACAAGGUCCAGAUCAGUUACUUCAGUCUGUCACAACAGACCAACUGCCUGUGCAGAUCCAAAAAUCAAAUUUUGAAUUGGAUACAGAUAAAAAUGUAUCACCAAACAGUUUGGGUGAAGAUGUAAAAAAGUCACAUAUUUAUGUGACAUCUUCAGUAUCAAAUGUGCCAAAAUUGCAAGAUGUUAAAAUUGUUAAAAGCACGAAAGAGAUUGCUGUUUUAAAGCAGUUCUCAAAUUUUAGAGACACUGUCGGCCCUAGUACCAAAGUAUCUGAUAUUUGUUUAAACACUAGUGAACACGUUCAGAGGACUCUCUCGCCAAAGAAUGAUGAUUUAGAUAAUGUAAAAGAUGGAUCAAAACAGCUGAAAUAUACUAAUAAUACCAAACAUAUUGACUAUAACAAGAACUCCCCAAUAUCCAAUGCUACCCAAGUUAAAGACAACAGUGGCUCUGAAUGCAUGACUACAAAAGUUUCAAUUGAAAACUAUUUAGCCAGUAACCACAUGGUUACAAACAAUAUCUGUGAAAUAAGGAAUGUGAUCAAUUCUACAGAAACCGGAGAAAAUGAUAGCAAGAAAUGUGACAAAAUGGAUAUAAACUCUGGUGAGAUUGGAAUUAUUGUAACUGAUGUAUCAGAAGAAGUCACUGUUACUCCUAAAAGUAAGCAUAUUUGUAUGGAAAAAGAAAGCAUCACUUGUGCUACCUACAUAUGUGGUUCUUGUAAGAUAAGGUUUGUCACACUUUGCAAACUUCAUGACCAUUUCGAGAAGCAGCACCAUACAGGGUCAUAUACAUACUUACAAAAAACAAAAACAGGAUUUCCCAGGCUUGAAAAUGUUUCUAAAUUUACUCAGACUGAUGUAGCUUAUUUAUUAGAAGUGGACCAAUCUCAUUUUAAAAAUGAUGAAGUUGUCGAUAUUGAUGGUAAUCAUUUGGAAGCUGGGUUUGAUACUAUAUGUAACAAGAAUACUGUAAAACUGGCUGGAACAGAAGAAAUUGAAAUCAAUAAUGAGGAUAGUUCUGAAACUUCGAAGGUUAAAAAGAGCAAGGAAAGAAGAAAGAAAAAGAAACUUAAAUACAAGAGUGGUAAAAUGGAAUUAGAUCGAAAGUUUGUGACAAACACAAAAGAAAAUCCUAGUUAUAAGAUAUAUGUUCAUAAGGAAAAUAUAGCUCAGAUUGACAGCAGAAACCAUAAAGAGUCAAAACCUGAUAAAAAGAUCUCAGAUGAUAAUAAGCACCUUGAAAAUGUGAACAAUUUAACAGAGACUAUGGAAACAGAUGGGAUAGAAAAUGAUGAUGGUCAGUCUGAAUUAACUUUCAGUGAUAAUAAAAAUGUGACCUUUGAGAUUGAAGAAACUUCUGAUGCUCAGGAAAACUUCACCUCAAUAAAUGACACUGAAGAUAGUAAAACCUCUAAAUACAGAGAAAUAAUUCAUCAAAGUCAAUUAAAGUGGAAACAAAAUCAAACACCAAAAAAUAAAGCACCACAUAAAAACACAAAAGGAAUCGAUAAAGAUGAAAACUCAAUUAAUAACAGAUGUAAUAUAUGUGCCACCAAAUAUGUCAGUAAAGUUAAAUUGCAGUAUCAUAUGAGAAAAGUUCACAAGAAAACAACUAUUGACAGUGAAAAGCAAUGCAGGUGGUGUGGUAUGACCUUUCCAGGAUCUAAAUCAUGUGCGUCACAUAUGCGUCAGUGUGAGAAGAAUGAAUUUCUCAUGUGUCUGAUAUGUACGACACGGUUCGAUUCACGAAAUGAAGUAACCGAUCAUCUGUUAAAUCAUAGGAAUGAGAAUGAAUUGAAAUGUCGAGUUUGUGAGAGAACUUUCACAAGUCCCCUGUCAUUACAGAAUCAUUUACGACGUCACAAUCUGCGGAGAGAUUUACAGUGCGAACAUUGUGGAAAAUCGUUCUAUUAUCAUAACCGGCUGAAGAAACAUAAGUUGCAUUGUAAUCGAGAGCCAGAAAUUGAAUGUGAACAUUGUGCUGUCAAGUUUAAAACGGAAGAGUCCCUGAAGCACCAUAUGAGUGUACAUUCUAAUGAUAGGCCUUUUGUCUGUCAUGUGUGUGGUUAUGCAGCUAAGAAAUCCAUGUAUCUAAAGCGUCAUCUCCGCCGUCACACAGGCGAGCGUCCAUAUGUCUGUACAGAUUGUGGUAUGAGUUUUGCCGCAGCUAGCGGUCUGAACCGGCACAGAAAGACUCACACCAAUGAGAAGCUGUACGUAUGUCAGUAUUGCGGGAAAUCAUUCACAAAUAACUGGAAUCUGAAGACACAUCUACGUCAACAUACGGGAGAUACUCCAUAUCAAUGUAUGCAGUGUGGGAAGGCAUUCAAACAGAAUGUUCUGCUCAAACUUCAUGCAAAGUCGCAUCAUCCUGUAGGGAGUGUUUUAGAUUAACUUAAAUUUGGCUAUUUAAAAUGGGCUCCCAAAAAAUUAACUGUCGUAGUUAAAUCCAGUUUUGGUAGUACAUAUUCACGCAUAUUUAAUGUUGCUCACAAUAAUAUAUUAUGUUUUUGCUAAAUGAUUUGAUACAUUGCAGAGAAUAAUAGUCAAAUGAUAAGUCUUUGAAAUUCAUGUAAAUAAGUAUGUCUGUAAUUAAAUAUUUAACCCUUUACCUCAUGAGCAUAUUGUGAAAAAUGGCUGUUUUCAUUGAAAAGCCUCCUGUUACAAGUUCAAACUGCUAUGAAACUAUGAAAAAUGCUACAAUAUUGAUGAAACUGGGCACAAAAUUAAUGUUCAUUGGACCUUAGCCUCUGUAACAGCUCACUCUUAAAUUUCCUGUUACCAUGGCAACUGGGGGACUUCUCAAAAUUGCCAAAAAUCAUUAUUUUGCAUUGUUUAUUUCAUCAAACUGAUUUCAAAGUCCUGCAACUUCUUAAUGGAUUGAGAUAGAGUUAAGGGCUUUUCAGUGUUGGUUACACAUUACCUUACGAUCGACCUGAGGCCAUUUUUAGCCUGUCAAAUGUUCAAAAUUUUCUUGGUGAUGAGGGGAACUGCUGCUCCCCUUCAAACCCCCCAAACAGAAGGGGCACAUCCUUUCUUAAUUGCUUUUUGUAUGGUUUGAUAUUGAAUAAUCAUCAAAAAGUUUUACAAUUAUGUACAUGAUGCAGUGCCUGUAUACAGGGUUUUUAGAUUUGUAGUUUUGAUAUAGUAUUUGCAAUAUUGAAUUAAUGUCGUAGGAAGUUAAUUUAUAUUAGUGUUUUUUACUGUAUUAUUUAGUAUUUAUAUAGUAUUGUUUAACAUGUCUGUUAUUUG